AUGUCGUCUGCUCUACAUCUCGGCUACACAGGAUCGCAGCGCAAAUCUCUGAUUGUAAUGAUGUCUAUUCCGACCUAUGGUCACACCCUGCCUCUCCUCAAGAUCUGCUCGCACCUCGUCGCGCGAGGAUAUUCAGUCUUUUUCAUCGGUGGCACCGAACAUCAGGCCCAGAUACGCCGCGCUGGCGCGGAAUUCAUCGAGCAUCCGCCGUGGGGCAUAACGGACGAAUUCAAAGCCGAAAGGGACAAGAUCGUCAACGUUUUCCGACGCAACACCUUUGAAGCCGAGCACGUCUACGUCGGGAGCAUGCUGCAGCGACACCGAGUCCUUCGCUCCACGCUGGAGCAUGUGCGCAGGAAGCACCCGGAAGAGGAGGUCCUCAUCAUACACGAGUGCAUCUCGGCCUUUGCGACGCUCCCCUUCUUUUACGGCGCACCGCUGCCCGCGGGCUAUGGCAGGUUUCCCAAAGUCAUCAAUAUCCCCAUCUAUCCGAUGUUUGUGUGGAGCAUCGACACUCCUCCGUUCGGACCUGGCAGCCCCCCGACGACGACCUGGCUGGGACGCCUAGCGAACUUGCUCCUUUACUACGUCAUCAUCAGCCUGCCAAUGUAUCGUCAAAUCUUGGGGCGCGUCAACCAAGAGAUGAAGGUUCUCGGUGCCACUCGCCAGGUCACAGGCUGGCUGCCCGACGUGGUGACCACCACGGCGGACGUGGUCUUGAUGAUAUGCAGCCCCAGCAUGGAGUACCCGCGGUCUGAUCUCGAUCCCAAAAUCCGCUUCAUCGGCUGCCUACCGAACAACGUCUCCACGACGUCUUUUCGGCCAACCUUCCAGCCGCAGGCAUGGUGGUCGACCAUUCAAGAGAACGCCAAGCUGCCGUCGCAGACCAGAAAGCGGCUGGUCAUGGUAACUCAGGGGACCCUGUCCGUGGACUACAACGACCUCCUGAUUCCACUCAUGCAGGCGCUGGCUGGCCGACGCGAUGUUUUGGUCGUCGCACUCUUGGGAGGGCAUGACAAAGAGCUGCCUCGAGACUUUCCAGUACCCGCGAACGCCUACGUGGCCCAGUACUUGCCAUAUGAGGUGAUCCUUCCUCUGAGCGAUAUAUCUGUACAGAAUGGCGGGUACGGCGGUUGGACGCAGGCCGUAAUGUAUGGCGUUCCCACGGUUCUCGCGGGGGCGACAGAGGAAAAGCGAGAGAAUGUGAUGCGCGGGCAGUGGACUGGCACAUCCGUGGGGAUCAAAAAGCGACGGCCCUCUGUGCAAGAGUUACGAGAGGCAGUGGAUACUAUCCUCGAGAGCUAUGACGAGUACAAGUCGACAGUGUUGAAGCUGAAGGCAGAAAACGACCGCCUGGAUGCCAUGGCACAGAUCGAGCGUGCUACAGAGGGAUUCCCAUUGGACACAGUUCGGCAGUCAUAA